AUGGAGGAAAAACCUUCUCCUGUCCACAUCCUUAUUCUCUCCUCCUGGCGGUCAGGAUCCUCCUUCACUGGACAAAUUUUCAGCCAGCACCCCAGUGUCUUCUACCUGAUGGAGCCUGCAUGGCACGUGUGGGUUAAGAUGUACCAGAACAGUGCCAAAGUCUUACACAUGGCAGUGCGGGACUUAGUCAGGUCCGUCUUUCUGUGUGACAUGUCUGUGUUUGAUGCUUACAUGUCUAGCCAGAAGAAAAAGUCUGAUUUAUUUCAGUGGGAGACUAGCCGAGCCUUGUGCUCCCCACCUGCCUGUGACUCAUUCAGUCGCAGUGACAUAAUCACUGCAGGGAAUUGCAAAACCAUCUGUGGCAAGUACCCAUUCAGCAAGGUGGAGGAAGCUUGUAAAACCUAUAGCCAUGUUGCCAUCAAGGAAGUAAGGUUCUUUGACCUGAAAGUUCUCUAUCCCCUUCUCACCGAUCCAUCCCUGAACCUCAAAAUCAUUCACUUGGUACGUGAUCCUCGGGCUGUGUUCAGGUCCCGAGAGAAUACAAUGGCAGACCUGAAACGCGACAGUAACAUUGUUGUGGGGUCUCGGAAGACAAAGGGAGAAAUGGGGCCCUACAACACAAUGCAGGUAAUCUGCAAAAGCCACGUUGAGAUAUACAAGGCAGGAAGUCAGGCUGCUCCAAGCUUCCUGAAAGACCGGUAUCUGCUGGUUCGCUAUGAAGACAUUGUCAGAGACCCCCUAGCAAGGGCUGCUGAGAUGUACAGGUUUGCAGAACUCCAUUUCACACCAGAGCUUCAGAAGUGGGUCCACAACAUCACCCAUGGAAAAGGUGACGGAGCACAGGCCUUUGAUAUUGGGUCGAGAGAUGCACUGAGAGUAUCCCAGGCCUGGAGAAACACACUUCCCUUCCAGAAAAUAGAAAAAGUGCAAAAUGUGUGCAAAGAUGCAAUGGAUUUGCUGGGCUACCGGCUAGUUCAGUCUGAAGAAGAGCAGAAAAAUAUGUCUCUGGAUCUUUUGUUUGCCCAGAACUCCUCUGAGCAUCAAAUUUUGAAGGCAGAAAAGCUGGUCUCUGCAUCUACUUUCUGA